CUUGCACUGCCGUACCGUACGUACGUACAUUUUGCCAAAAUGGAGUCGAGUCUUCGGAUUUUGUGUCUACUUUCGUUUUUGACAGUUUUCGUGAAUUUUUGUUCUUGCGAUAGCCCCGAGCAUGGAAUUUUUAAUAUCACUUUGAAUAAGAUUGAUCGUUUCAGUGGCGUUUCCAAAAACCUGGCUGAAGAUACUGAAAUAGCCAUAACAGUUGACUGUAACGGGAAAGGGAAGUUUGCAAUAGAAUGGGUUGUGCGCUACACAGAAUGCAAUGGGCUGACUCUGGAAAAUACAACGCAUUUCAUCAGUAACCUCUUUGAGCCUAAUGGAGAUUUAGGGACGAUGUUUGACGUUGAGGACUAUAUCGCUGUACAGAGGAGCGAUGCAUCUAACGAACUGAAUUGUGAAACUCCGCAUUUACUCCUGCAGGAUGAAUCGGGCCCUGACAGCUACACUUGCUACUCCACAUAUAAAAACCAACACUGUCAAUUCCGUGGGGUAUUGCCACCAACAACAGAAACACCAGCAGCAGCACCAGCAGCACCAGCAGCAGCACCAGCAGCAGCACCAGCAGCACCAGCAGCAGUACCAGCAGCACCAGCAGCCGCCAAACCAAAGGCUCCAGCGGACAAAGGGAAAGCCAGCAGGGCGGUCAAGCGAAGAGAUACAGAUGGCCAAGAUGCAGACAAGAACCCGAAGACAGUGGCAACUAAUCCCUCGGGGACCCCUAAACCCACCCCUAAACCUGCAGCUCCUACCAAGAAAGUCAAUGCAACGCUAUCGAAACCGCUGAAAGGAAGAGUGACCAGGACCAACAAGCGGGCUGGCCGUUACUGGGUCCUGGUACACCUUAAGCCCCUCGGACCCCCCGAUCAAACGUUGCAGGUCACCCUCACCAUCACAAUGAAAUCUCCCAGUGGCUUCUUGUCUGCCUACCAGGCUCCACUGCUUGUUUUCUACGGUGUGAUGUGCGGCGCCUACUCCAUCCUGACGUUCAUCUGGCUGAUCUUGUUGGCCAUGCAGUGGCGGGAUCUGUUGAGGAUUCAGUUCUGGAUCGGUGGGGUCAUGCUGCUGGGCCUACUUGAGAAGGCAGUGUUUUAUGCUGAGUACGAAAACAUCAACAAUUAUGGCAUGUCUGUUCCUGGGGCUAUCAUCGUGGCUGAGCUCAUCUCAUGUUUCAAGCGCUCAUCAGCCAGAAUGCUAGUUGUUAUCAUCAGCCUGGGCUACGGAAUCUCGAGACCUCGUCUUGGUAAGGAUCUGCACUGGGUGUUGGGGGUCGGGAUGCUGUACUUCAUCAUGAGCUCAGUGGAAGCCUACUUCAGGGUCAAAGGAACUGACCAGAGCGAUAUGAUUGCCAUUCUCCCAUUGUCUGUGCUCGACUCAGUCAUCUGCUGGUGGAUUUUUAAAAGCCUUGUAGACACCACCAGGACUCUGCGCCUACGGCGCAACUUGGUCAAACUCUGGCUGUACCGGCACUUCACCAAUACUCUCAUCUUCUGUGUGGUGGCUGCUUUUGUCUUCCUUCUGUGGUCGAUGAGAGUCCAUCGUUGGACCGACUGUAUGAAGAAGUGGAACUACCUGUGGUUGGACGACGCCUACUGGCAUAUCUUAUUCAGUGUCUUCCUCGUUGUUAUUGUCAUCCUCUUCCGCCCGACGGCCAACAAUCAACGCUACGCUUACUCCCCACUCACCAAUCGAGAAGGGGACGAUAAAAGCAUAGAAUCCAUGCUCAUCGACGCAUUUGGGUGGGACAGGAGUGACGAAAGUUCUUGAACUCAUUCGAGAUGAAUUCAGCCUUUCUAUGGCCCUAUCAGGUUGCACCUCCAUAGCAGAUAUCACACCGGAUCUCGUACGGAAAGACAGAUUCCUUGUCAUGGCAAAAAUGUAACACUUGAAAAUCAAAUGCAUCUUACGAUAUAGCAGAAUGAAUCGUUCAAAAGUUCUUAAUAAUUUAAAAUGAUACUGUUUACGCUAUAGUCUGAGGUAUUUUUGUAAUACCUUUUGGUUAAAUUUUUGAAGAGUAUGAUCAUUGGUACACAGAUCAAAAUUUCUUAAUCCGACAUAAAAAUGGACCUAAUGAUACAUCUUUGUUUGUUAUAUAAUAGAUUAUUGUUACAAUUAUGUUUCUUUUAUGUAAUUUUUAUAUGGAGUUUGUACUCUAUAAUUAAGAACCUUCGGUGGUUGCUAAGUUUAAUUCCUUGUUAUUUGUCCAAACUUCAGAUAAGUUUCCCAAACCAGUCCCCCAAAAAUAUUAUUCUCAAUUUUUGACAUGUUUAAAUGACUGAAUAUUAAUUGGUCUACUGGCAGAUCAUUUCUGAGUGACUAUAAAGCUUUUGAAUGUGGGAAAAUUGUUUAAAAAUGGUUUUAAAAAAGGGGGAGCCUAGCUCUAUCAUGCAUUAAUUCAUUAAAAGUGAUUUUUUUUUGCUCUGUUUAUUAUAGCAAAGUAACAGUGGAAUAAUUUUCAGAAUAUGGUGAUUAUAAAAUUCAUUGAAAAUUAUCUAAUGAGAAUAGCAUUAAAAUGGGUUCUUUGACAAAUUGAAAAAUAUGUAAAAAACAAAGUGCUCAAUUUCAUCUUUUCAAAGAGGGAAAAUCUUGUCCAGAAAGAAAUAGGUUGAGUCUCAAAAAUAACUAUGCAAACAUGUGACAGUCGACAUUUAAAAGGUUUAUAAUAAGUAUUUUCCUUUCAAUAUUUUAAAGUGACUUUAAAUGUGAAAUAAUGAAAAAAUAUAACUACGAAGAUUGUACAGAUAAAUGAAAUAAACACCAAAAGAAUU